AUGUGACACAUAUCGGUGCUGCUGCUACUGCUUCUCAGGAAAUGUGCACUUCCGUCUUCUGUCAUCUCGAGCAAAAACACAUCUUCUUUUCCAGUGCAGUCUCGAUGGUGUAGCAACAUCUGGGCCUGGCUGUGAUCAGAGAAAAAUGAAUCUAUUUAUAGGCUCUUUAUCAGAGAACAAACAGAGCGCAACUGCUGCUACCCAGAGAGAGAAGAGAGAAGAGAGAGAGAGGAGGGAGCUUUCGUUUUCUCUCUAGAGACGCGAGGAAGUGAUUUGGCCGCUUGUGCAGUGAGAAGGUGAGGUGUUUUUGCUUUGUGAUGGAGUUUUCUGAGCACAUCAAGACCGCCAAUGUGGAGGAGGUUGAGCUCCGGCAGCAGCUCCAGCCGCCGUUCAGAGGCACCCUGUGCAUCACCGGUCACCACCUGCUCUUCUCGGACAGGGAGGAGGGCAGCUGUCGGCAGGUCCUGCUGCUCCUCAGGAACAUCGAUGCCAUUGAGAAAAGUGUGGAAAACCUUUUGGCCUGCUCCGGCCUCUUCUCUAACGCAGGCCGCAGUCAAAGCAGGAUGUCUGGAUCCUCAGGGACGAUUACCAUCAAGUGUAAAGAUCUGCGAGUGCUCCAGCUUGACAUCCCAGGCAUGGAGCGGUGUCUCAACAUUGCCCGCUCUAUCGAGACCCUGUCCUGUCUGGACGCUGUGUCGGAGAUGUAUCCUUUCUUUUACAGACCUUCUGACGUCAGCCUGCGGGACCAGUGGGGUCUCUCGUCCCCUGAAAAGCACUACAGUCAAAUGAAGGAACUUCAUGAUAGGUGGAGGUUGAGCUUUGUGAACAGAGACUACUCGGUGUGUCCUUCUUACCCUCCGGCUGUCAUCGUCCCCAAGAGCACAGAUGAUGAAAUGCUGGAGAAGGUGGCCAAAUUCAGACAGGGAGGACGCUUCCCUGUCCUCUGCUACUACCACAGGAAAAACGGCACGGUAAUCAUGCGCUGCAGUCAGCCGCUGACGGGAGCAAAUAGGAAGCGCUGCAAGGAAGACGAAGGCCUCCUCCAGGCUGCUAUUGACGGCUCCGACAAAGGUUACAUCAUUGACACGCGCUCCACUCAGCAGGCGCUGCAGGCCCGGAUGACAGGCGGAGGAGGGUUCGAGUCCAAAUCGUGUUAUAGCAACUGGAAGAGGCUGCACAGACAGAUGGAGAGGGGUAAAGCGCUGCAGGAGAGUCUAAUCAAACUGGUGGAGGCCUGCGGUGACGAGUCCAAUAACAUGGACCGUUGGCUUAGUAAGCUGGAAAACUCAAAGUGGCUGUCUCACGUUCAAACUGCCCUGUCGACUGCUGGCCUGCUGGCGGAGUGUGUGGAGAGGGACGGCCAUUCGGUUCUGGUUCACGGCUCUGAAGGGACAGACUCGACUUUGCUCAUCAGCACUCUGGCUCAGCUCAUCAUGGACCCGUGCUGCCGCACACUGGAGGGCUUCCUGGCUCUGCUGGAGAGGGAGUGGGUACAGGCAGGACAUCCAUUCCAGCAGCGGUGUGCCCACUCGGCCUACUCCCACGCCCGUCUCCAGCAGGAGUCCCCGGUCUUCCUGCUGCUGCUGGACUGCGUGUGGCAGCUGUGGCGUCAGUUCCCCCUGGCACUGGGCUUCUCUGAGGCGCUACUCCUGAGGCUGGCCACCGAGGCCUACGCGUCUGAUUAUGGCACCUUUCUGUGUAACAGCCACCAAGAGAGGUGUGCUCUGGGAGUGACGGAGAACACUCACUGUUUGUUCCAGGCCCUGUUGAGGCCCAGAGAGAGAGACUGCUACUCCAACCCCCUGUAUGAGCCCACUGAGCUGGCAAUCUGGCCCUCAGUCCACCCUCAGUCCCUACAGCUUUGGAGAGGCUUUUUUCUGAGGUGGACGCCACAGAAUCGCCACCUUGAAGAGGCUCAGGAGGAAAUAAGGAACAUGGUCCUCGAGUGGGGCAAGCUGGCAAUCAGCUGAUGCACGAAGAAGUGAAGAUGUUCAGCCUGAACAUGUAGAGCAUGUUUUAAGGAGGGAUGUAACCAAUGUGCAAUGCCUUUUGACUCUGGAAAUGUUAUUUCAGAAUUUUUGACAACCUACUGUGUUUUAAUGUACAUUAAUGUGAUUUUUUAUUAUUUUAUAAAAAAAUUGUAUAAGAAAAAUAA